AUGGUUCACACUGGCGCAUAUCGCGUCACCCUCUCCCCAAUGCUGUGCGGCAGAAUGCCCCUCAGUUACCGUUUUUUAACGAUGGCUGACGCCAAGCGUGGCGUCGUGAUUAAUUACGACGAAGUAAAAGUCAAGCUGCAACAGCUGUGCGCUAUUUUUGACGCUCCUGCAUUGUCUACUGUCAACCUUAUCUUUGUCUGCACAGGGAAGACGCAAAACGAUGCGAGCGCGAAUCCUUCUGAACUUUUACAACUAUGGCUCACCGGCUUCCAAUUCCCAGAAACACUAUUCGCGUUCGCCAGGGACGGUACCUGGUAUAUUCUGACGUCUCCGAAAAAAGGGAUCGGUGUACCACCAAACGAUAUGGCCCUGUCUCACAAUCCGGGUGCUAUAAUUGUUUCGGUCUGCUCGAAGUAUUCAGAACUGUGUGCCUGUGUCACACGUACACUUCUGCUGGACGGGACCGCGCCUGGGGUUACUUUUGGUUCGAUUUACGACGAAGUACACAAGUAUGUCUUAAAAGAGAAGCCUGAGUUUGCCGAAAAUCUUCUGCGAUCAGUGGGACACACUAUGGGUCUUGAAUUCAAAGAUGCGGAUUUCACACUUGUCAAUGGUAACGACAAGUGCGUUGUUCGUAGCGGCAUGGUAUUUCACGUAUCUUUGGGGUUCGGUCACCUCAUGUCUGAUAACAAAGAGUUCGCUGUGUGGAUUGGAGACACUGUAGAAGUGACUGACGAGGGUGCUGUCGUGCUAACCUCAAAUGUUAGUAAGAGUCUGGAGAACAUAUCGUACGAGUUGGAGGAUGAUGAUGAGACGCCUCCAGAGGAAUCUGAGGUUAAACCUCACAAGCAGCCCGGGGUCUCAUCUGAGUUACUUCGUGACGCGGAUAGUGUGAUAUUGAAGGAACGUUUGAGGAAACGUGACCGAGGAGGGCAAAAUCAGCUCUCGGAGGCUGAGCUGAAAGCUCGUAUGGACCGGCAGUUGGAGCUUCGUAAACAGAAAGUGUCGUCUAUUGCUGAUCGUGUGAAGGAGGAGGGAGGUUUAGCAGGUACCACUAAGCAGAAACAGGUAGUCAAGAUGGACAAGAUGCGUUCCUUCUCUUCCCCUAAUGCAUUUUCCCCAGAUGUCGUGCCACAUCAAAUAUAUGUGGACGUCGUCAAUGAAGUUAUCAUGCUUCCCGUAAAUGGUUACCACUUGCCGUUCAGUAUAAUGACCGUGAAGAACGCGGCUUGCAACUCAGAGGAUAACCAGACAUAUACACUACGUAUAAACUUCCAGGUGCCAGGUUCUCAUACUUUCAGUUCAAAGACAGAGGUGAAUCCUUUACCGGAUUUGCAUCAGGAGAACGCUGUUUUCGUCAAGGAGUUACUCUACCGUUCUUCCGACUCUAAGCAUCUGCAGAAUGUUUUUCGUGCGAUAAAGGAUUUGAUCAAACAGGUGAAGCAGCGUGAAACAGACGCGGACGCCAAUCGUGUUAUUGCUGAGCAGGAAAAGCUGCAGUUGAAUAAGAUGGGUCGUCGUCUAGUACUCAAAGAUCUUAUGGUCCGUCCCAACGUGCACGGUGCUAGGCGUAUCAUUGGUUUCUUAGAGGCCCAUCAUAAUGGUUUACGGUAUGUUGUGAACACUCGUGACCGUGUAGAUCACGUGGACAUUACUUAUAAUAACAUUCGUCAUGCCAUAUUCCAGCCAUGCGAACGCGAGUUGAUAGUGUUACUUCACUUUCACCUGAAGUCACCUAUAAUGGUUGGCAAGCGCAAGUCUACCGAUGUGCAGUUUUACUGUGAAGUGGGAACCCAAAUCGACGAUCUGGACAACCGUCGUGGUCGAUCGUACAACGACCCUGACGAGGCCCUUGAGGAGAUGCGUGAUCGUGAGAUGAAGAGGCGUUUGAACGCUGAUUUCAAACAAUUCGUUGCGCAAUUACAAGAGAUGUCUGGUUUAGUGGUUGAUUUACCAUAUCGUGAAUUGAUGUUUACGGGUGUGCCAUCUAAAUCUAACGUCGAGAUUCUGCCCACGGCCCACUGUUUGGUAAAUCUGGUUGAGUGGCCACCAUUUGUGCUAACACUUGAAGACAUUGAGAUCGUGUCUCUCGAGAGGGUGCAGCACGGUCUGCGUAACUUUGACAUGGUUUUGGUUAACAAGGACUAUUCUAAACCGGUGCGACGCAUUGACCUGAUUCCCGUGGAAUACUUGGACAUAUUGAAGAGUUGGCUGAAUGAGUUGGAUAUGGUUUGGUACGAGGGGAAGAACAACUUGCAGUGGACCAACAUUUUGAAGACUAUUUUGGAAGACGUGGACGCGUUUGUUGAGAACGGUGCGUUUGAUGGUUUCUUAGGUGAAUCAGAGGGUGAUGAGGAGUCUAUCGACGACGAGGAUGAAGAAUACGAGCAUGACAGUGAAGAGGAGAUUGAGGAGGACAGUGAUGAGGAAUACGGUGAUGAUGACGAAUCUCUAGCUGACGAGGACGAAGAGGAGGAUGAUGACGAAUAUGAUGAAGAGGAAGAAGAGGGUCUAUCAUGGGAUGAGAUGGAAGAGUUUGCUAAGAAGGAGGAUGACAGGAACCGCUACGAUGACGAGAACCAUCGAUCACGUGACACCGUGUGCAACGUCACCUUCCGUCUAGAGAGCUACGGCGCCGAUGACGGCAGAGUGCUUCGCUAUUUCAACGGCGCCAUAAUCCGUGAAGCUCCUGUGCGAGAUUACUUCACUGCGUGCUCCGAAUUGCCUACCGACGAUGAUUGUGGCCUGGAAGAAGCCUUGGAGCGCAACAACAGUGAGAACUGGCAGAUCGCUGCAUCUACAAUAUGCAUGGCUUCUGGCCUAUGGGCACAGAAAAGCAUCCCCUUAGAGUGGGAUGAAGCAAAGACAUAUCAAGAGAAAGCCAAUCAGGUGUUCGGUAAAUCUAAAAAGGUGUUGGAAUGUUUGCAUUCCUCGCAGUGUAUGCGUCUCAAUUAUGCCGUUCCUACGCUCGAGGGCGACAGAUAUAGUGUUAAAUGCGCUAUACUCAGCCGCAACAGACGUAUAGAUGAGUGUGCCAAUAAGUGUCGAGAGCUUGGUGAGCUUCUCUCGAAAUAUAUAAAACUGCAAAUCCACUUCCUUGGAUUGAUAUCGGAAAUCAGAUCCCAUUUUAAGGUUCUGCUUAGUGUGCGUAACCUAGUGGAUGUAUCGUCUUUCGACGUGGACUACCCAUGUAGUUUUUCUGUAUUUGUCGUAUUCUACGAUGUGGAUUUGCAGACAGAGGAUGUCGGGGAUGACCGGGUGUGGGAGUCAUGGGAUGUUCACAAGUUGUCUCACCCAGGAGCCAUACAACAGUGCCUGAUAUCGUAUUACGAGGAUACCAGCCCUGACACGGCCCUUAUGACCAAGAUGACCUUUCCACCUGCGGUAGCAUUUUUUAUCGAGCACGACUUCGCUUUGUCAGUAAACGGGGCCCACGUGCCAGUGUAUACUCGAGGUGACCAGCACCCCGUGACAUACCGACUGCGAGUAGCACAGAUGUGUUUGAUUGACCGAUUCAUAUUCAUCACACUAUGCCAAUUAUCGCUGGAAUCGCUGCGAUCUCAGGAGCCAAUCGACGUAGAUGGCACCAGUGUCUGCGUCCAAAGCAUGACCUCUGAGAGUUUGUCAUUUAUAUUCUACAACCAGGUGGUCGAGCUCCGCUACGCAACCUCUAAAGGCGAGGAAACGGGCGACGUUGUCUGGCGUCUGGUAUUGACCAAGCUUCGUGAUGCUUUGUUGAGGCGUAUGGUACGCUACGGACUCAUGGGUGAAAAUGAGAGGAAACUCGACUUCGUGCUUGGUUUGACGCUUAACAAGAUGAUGGAGCGUCGUCUGCAAACGAAGGUUUUCAAGUUGGGCCUUGCUAAGUCUAUUCACCACGCUCGCUGUAUGAUCCGCCAGCGUCACAUUCGCGUCGGCAAGCAAAUCGUAGACAUUCCGUCGUUCAUGGUGCGUGUGGACUCGGAAAAGCACAUCGAUUUCGCGCUCACAUCGCCAUUCGGUGGUGGCCGCCCAGGAAGGGUUCACCGUAAGAGCCUGCGAAACAGUUCAUCAUAG